CUUCGUGCUAUCCUAGCUGUGAUGCUGUCGCGCGGCCAGAUUGCCGGGCGGCGGUUGCUAUGGCUUCUGUCGCGGCCCGCGCCGCCGCCUCGGGCCUUUUGCGCGGCAGAGGAUGCGCAGGUGCGGCUUCUGCCGGCCGAGGUCCGAGCGUCGAGCGAGGCUCUCUGGCGAAAGUUGAAGGCCGGCGGCGUUUCGGUGACGCCGGACUUCCUUAGCGAAGAAGAGGAGGCGUUGCUGGCUCAGGAGCUGGAGCCGCAGCUGCGCCGACACCGCUAUCAAGACGAGCAUUGGGACGGGGUGGGUGCCUCUGCGUCGCUUCGAGGAAAAGCCAUUCAUAGGUAUCGUGAGACAGAAACAUCAUAUUGGAGCAAAGAGUGUCAUGAGAUCUUGCAACGGGUCCGGAACGCUGCUUUUCCCCCAGGAGGACCACAGCUCACUCAAGUCCACGUCCUGGAUUUGGAUAAAACCGGCUACAUAAAGCCGCAUGUAGACAGCGUCAAGUUCUGUGGCUGCACCAUUGCAGGCCUUUCCCUCCUGUCCUCAAGUGUAAUGCGCCUGGUUAGUGAACAGAAUCCACAGGACUGGCUGGACCUUCUGCUGGAACGCCGAUCUCUCUACAUUCUUAGAGGGCCUGCUCGUUACGAAUUCACUCAUGAAAUCCUUAAAGAUGAGGAGUCCUCUUUCGAUGGAAGGAAGGUCCCCAGGGAGCGAAGGAUCUCUGUCAUCUGCCGAGACCUGCCCUUCCCAGGAGAACCAUCCUAGAACUGCUAGCUGAUACUGUUGCUCCGAGGUGGAAUUUAGUUUGCUGUCGGAUUGAAGCGGAGCUCCUUCUGAAGAAGCUACUCUGAUGCUGUUCCGUGGGGCGUUGUGUUGGAAGCUUUCCUCCAUGCAGUAAAAGGAGCCUAAAAAUGUACGCAGUCUCAGGAAGCGUUCUGCCUCUUGCGCCCAACCGAUAGGAAGAAGGAAGCCUGCAAAGAGCUGGCAAAGGGACCUGUCUGAAAUGAACCACAACACUGCUGAUCUCAGGGAAUAACAUUUUUUCUGUAAUGUGUAUUGCUGCACCCCAAACAUAGGUGGGGUGAAAUUAAGAGUUGAAACGUAGAGCUUUGUCGUUAGGGGAUACCAGAUUAUUGUAAUUUUUAAAUUCUCCUUUAAUUGCCUUUCCAGUUACUGAAGUAUUGAGCGUUGUUCUCUUCUCUGCUCAGUAUUCAGUAUCACACAUGCUGAGCCUCCAGACAGUGAACUUGGCAGAGCAGAUAGACAGGUGUUCUCCAGUGGUUUGAAUUCUUUCUAACAGAGAUUGGGCUGAAAAGGAGAAUUACAUUCUUGAUGCUUGUGGCUUACAGAUGCAAACAGGGUCUAAGCUAAAUGCCGAUUUCGGGGAUGGUAAGAAAAGAUACUUGAAUUUUGCAUUUUCUCAUUGUUGAUGCUACAACUGAAUAUGCUUUCAUUUCUGUGAGUUAAAUAACUUCAAAAUGAUUCUGACAGGGAGGUGUCAUAAGCACAAGAUUAGCCUUAACAUUUGUGUAAUCUAAAAAUAAAUAAGUGAUAAGGCUAAGUUAGAGUGUCUGUAAAUGAGAUCUGGUCUGUGGGAGGGUAUUUGAUGAGUGGGAAUACCUGGAAAAAUUUCCACAACUGAUGUGUGUCCCCAAAAUGCUAUGAAAUAGAUAGCACUUACCUAGUCUUUGAAUAAUUUGGGACACGGUAGAAUAUGAGAAAGCUAGGACUGAACCUGUUGUCUCCUGUUGCUCACGUCUGGAAUCCAGUUUUACCUACCACCAGAAACCCCUGACUCUCCAUGUCUGGCCCCAUCUCUUCCUUGUGUUUCUAUUUUAUUCUUCUCCUCUCUCCAUUUGCUAAAAAAAACCUCUCUUGAAACCCUAAGUUAAUAUCUGCAGUAUUCUUGACAGAAUACUAUGGUGCACUCUUAUGUCGCUGAACAAAAAAGGGCUCAGUUUGGUUGGGAUUACUGAGCAAUGUUUUUGUUUUUUGAAAAGAAGUACUGUAUGUUUUUUGCGAAGAAUACAGGCAUGUGGCUUCAGUCUGGUUUUGACUGUGUGUUUUCAUGAUGUUUUGAAUGACUAUUUAUUUGCCCUAAUUUGGAUCAAUAGUCAACACUAAGCUGUUGUUUGGGAUAUCCAGUAAUGCAAAAAAUGUCACCUCCCAGUGACUGAUUCUGACCCCAGAACCGGAGACGCUGUAUUUGUCCUUGCUUCAUUUUUAUUUUAUUGACACCAGUACGUACAUAUCAGUCAAUCAUUCAUAAUGCAAGUUUGGGACUAAUAACCUCAGCCUUUCGAGAGAAUAAUUUGACAAAUAAAUUAAAACAACCGCAACAGGAGGAGCUCAAAUAGGGAAGGAACAUGGCAAAUGCCAGUCCUCCUUGAAUUCAGGGAAGAAAUAAAUUAAAUGAUUUAGGAAUAACUGUAAAUAUUUUGGAUGGUUGUCUGAGCCUUUCAGAUCUAAUUUAGACAGGAUUCAGUCAAGCCAGCAAUAUGUUUAAGUGCCGUGGAUCUGGGAAGAGUGGGAAAGGGCUGAUAGAUGAUAUGCCCAUGCUCAGGAAGGUACUCCUUGCCUCCCACUAAGUAGGAAUCAUUCUAUAGGGUUGCUCUGUGCUUGAAGUGGAGGGAUGUAGGCAUCACAUGGUGGGGCUUCUUGCAGUUUUUUCUCUUAAAAGCUUGUGUAAAUGCUGAGGACUGGCUUGAGAUAAAGUAAUGGUGCUUUGUUCUACAGCUAAAUAUACAGUCAUGCUUUGCUGAUGCCUUAGAAGUCUCUGCAUCCAUUCUCCCCUCCAUAGCCAUCAGCCCACACAGCCACAGGCAGAGGCUGAGAGUUUCUCCACUUCAUGCCACUGGUGGCUGUCAUCUAGAAAAGCUACAUUCUCGUAGUGCGUGGGACGACAGCAGGGGUCUUUCACUGCUGGGGAGAUCACACUCUUCUGCAGCAGAAUUGAGAGGGUCAGAUCAUGAUUGCUGUGUGCCUUGGGACAGGUCCCAGUGCAGUACUUGAAAAGGAUGGUCUCUUCAGAGUUGUAGCCCAAACCUAGAUCUUUGAUACGAACCAGCAGGCUCUGUUGUCGACAUUCUUGUUCCUCAGGUCUCUCCCAUGUAUGCCUCUUUGGGCGGAUCCCGGCUGGACCAAAGAACAAUGAGUUUGGGUGGUAUAAAGAGUUCUUCUGGAGAGUUGUAGCACUGGUGAAUGUUCCUUUAGAGGACGGGAAUGGUUCUGUAAUGAGAAGAAGAGAAGUAGAAUGACAGGAAGAAUGGACAUCAUCUUACAUAUCCUUUGUUGCAGCGAUUUUGGAUAGGAUCAGUAGCCAGUAGUGGAUUUACGCAUCUGGAAUGCUUAGGCCCUAUAUUCUCACCAGGAAAGGAUUGUCUGUAAAUUGCUCUGAGAGUGUGUAAGUCUGAAGGGUACAUUU